UGGUACUUUCCAGAAGAAGAAGUUCCAGAGCACUUUACUCAAGAGCUCCAGCAACAGACAGACAGACGCAGAGACUCAUCCAGCUAUGGCCGAGAGACGCAUCCCCUUCACCUUCCUGCGCAGCCCCUCCUGGGACCCCUUCCGGGACUGGCACCAGGGCAGCCGGCUGUUUGACCAGGCCUUCGGCAUGCCAGCUUUCCCAGAGGAGCUGCCACUCUUUCCCAGCAGCCACUGGCCCGGGUACCUCCGCCCAUCCAUGGGAGCUGAUAUGGCCUCUCUGAUGAGUCCCACCAUGGCCAGUGGGAUGACCAGUCAGGUGCCAACCUCACCUGUAGUUCCAGUUGCAACACCCAUGAUGCCUCACCCCGCGACCUACGCCCGCGCCCUGUCUCGCCAGCUUAGCACGGGCAUGUCUGAGAUCAAGCAGACCCCAGAGAGCUGGAAGGUCAGCCUGGACGUCAACCACUUCUCCCCAGAGGAGCUCACCGUCAAGACCAAGGACGGUGUGGUGGAGAUCAUAGGCAAACACGAGGAGAGGAGGGACGAGCACGGCUACAUUUCCAGAUCCUUCACCAGAAAGUACACAUUGCCCCCUGGUGCUGACGUAGAGAAGGUCACCUCCUCCCUGUCCCCUGAGGGAGUCCUCACUGUGGAGGCGCCACUGCCCAAGCCUGCCAUCCAGUCCUCAGAGAUCAACAUCCCUGUGAACACCAGCGCCAUCGCCAAGAAACCCGGAGACGCCAAGUGAUGGACAGAAAAAAGGAGGAGGAGGAAUGAUGUGUGGAGUUUCACUUUUACACGGAUGAGACCUGCACACGCACACUAUUGGACACUGUAAUACUACAUUACUACAAAACGGACUAUAAUGUGUGUUUCAAUCUAUUUGUAUUCUACUGCAACUGUGUUAAAAUAUUGUAAAAUAUUGAAUUAAAUGAAAAAAAUGUUAAACAUGAGUUAAAACACGAUUAUUGUAACUGUCAAACAACAAAACAUUGUAUUUUCAAACAGAUCAAAUAAAAAGAUUAAAAGAAUAAAAGCUUUUUGAAC